AUGAGUGAAGACACAAAAGAAGAAAACUGUGAUAAACAUGAAGAAUUCAAAGAGACUGAUCCACUUAAAGAUAAUGUAGAAGAUCCAACACGCGAAAAACAACGAAGUUUUACUGAAAACUGUGUGCAUGCAUUCAAAAACAUAACAGUCGAGCCAUCAAUGUUCUUCUUCAUAAUACCAAUGAUCUUUUCAAUAUUGACAUCGCAAAAUCUUAACCUGGAAAAGGCGUGCAGAGUUAAUUUAAACUUCACAGAUGAAAUAUGUGACUCGCUCAAAUUGCAGACGGUUGGUGCACAAAACGAAUAUGAAAAAGAAGUACAAAAACUAGUCGCAAGAGCUAUGUCAUGGAGAACAUCAAUCACUGCAACAAUUCCGUGUGUUUUAGCACUAUUUGUCGGUUCGUGGUCAGAUAAAACUGGCUAUCGGAAAAUAUUUUUAAUUAUACCCAUUUUGGGCCAAUUGCUUGUGUGUGCUAAUGGCGUAUUUCACACGUUUUACUUUAAGGAAAUAGGUUUAGAAGCGUUAGUAUUCAGUGAAGCUAUACUUGAUGGAAUGUUAGGUUCUUGGUGUAUAUCUCUGUUAACUAUGUUUUCGUUUAUCAGUGCUAUUACAAAUGAUAAGAAUAGGACAUUUCGUAUGGGACUCAUAAAUUUUAGCUUGACCGUCGGCUUUCCCAUAGGCAUGGGUCUCAGUGGGUUGUUGUUAAAAAAGAUCGGGUAUUACGGAUGCUACGUUUUGGCUUUUGGACUACACUUUGUUAACCUACUAUACAAUACAUUUAUAUUAAAGGAUCCAGAAAGGACUGUUGAACAGAAAAAGAAUGAUAAUCAAGGUGUUUGCCAUUUAGUGCGCAUUUUCUUUGAUCUAGGUAACUUGAGAGACACAAUGAAAGUAGUAUUUAAGAACGGACCAAACCAUAGACGUUUUCGUGUUUGCGCUUUAUUAGUCGUCGUGGCUAUAUUAUUUGGACCCAUGCAUGGUGAACUUUCAAUAAUGUACAUAUCAACAAGGUACAGAUUCAACUGGACCGAGGUAAUGUUCAGCAUAUUCCAAGCAUACAACUUUGUUGCCCACACAAUAGGAACGAUAUUCUCCAUCGUUGUAUUCAGUAAAUAUUUGCAAUGGCACGAUUCUAUAUUAGGAAUUAUUUCAACUCUCAGUAAAAUUGCUUCAUCGUUUGUCUAUUGUUUUGCUACGAACGAAAAAAUAUUCUUUAUUGGUCCUUUAGUAGAUAUUCUGAACGGGACAGCUUUAUUAGCAUUACGAUCAACUGUGUCCAAGACAGUAUCAGCCGAUGAAUUUGGCAAAGUAAACUCAAUAUUUGCAUUAACGGAAAAUCUCAUGCCAUUAAUCUACGUACCCUUGUAUACCAAAGUGUACACGGUCACUAUGGAGGUACUCCCAGGCGCUGUCUUUCUUAUGGGGUCAGCAAUGACGCUGCCCGCGGUUUGUGUGUUUAUAUGGUUGCUGUGGGAGCAUAGGAGAAAUCUAAGGAUAUCCAAGAAGAAACUAGAGGGCACUGCGGACAUCAAGUAA